AUGUCAAUCGAUGUCACUUACCGCUGCGAAAAUUGUCACAAAAAAUACAACCGAAAUAAAUCAAUUCUCCUUUGUCCAUUUUGUGGCUCCGAUUUUGUCGUAGAGCAGCCACACGCCUUAUUUAAACAACCCCCACUUUCCCAGGCUGAAAUAUACGGCCGCCAGAAAGGGAUCCCCAACGAUCCUUUUUAUCCAGAUCCAGAUUUUGUCGACUUCCCAACACUUCCCCAUUCAUCUGGUCGUCCAGAUUUCAACCCAAAUCCAAAUUUCACAGGUGGCGAUUUCUUCCUUCCUUCACACGCCAGAAAUCCACUCCAAAUAUACCCAAGAAAUCCAUACACUGGUAGUAGUCGUCCUCCAGAAUUGGUGAUGCGCGAUCCCGGUAACUUCGGAGAUUUAGACGCGCACUUCGCAGGAAGGGUCAACCCAGAGAUUCCACCAUAUCUGCAAGAACGAAGAGAUAACACCGACGGGUUGCGUGUACCACACAAAGAGUGCUGUGUGAAUUGUGGGAAGAUAUUGAGCAACACAGACGACAUUAUUACACUUCCCUGUGGACAUCAAGGCCACGCGAGUUGUCUGAAACGCGCGGAUUGCCCAAUAUGCCUCAGUCUCUAUAGCUAA